AUGGCACCGGAUCUGAAUUCGAUCGACAGCAACGGUCGUUGGGACUACUCUACGCCUGGGUCCGGCGGCUACAAUAUCCCAGAUAUUGUAUACGAUGUCCCUGCUUCUCACGCUGAUAACGAACAGGACCCGUCAUCACGGAAGCUCCGAGUAUUGACCAUUGGGGCCGGUCUUUCCGGCAUUCAAAUGGCGUACCAUAUCCAAAAGAAUUGCGAAAAUGUGGAGCAUGUGAUCUAUGAGAAGAACACGGAUAUUGGCGGAACGUGGUUGGAGAACAGAUACCCAGGAUGUGCUUGCGACAUCCCCUCUCACGCGUACACACUCAACUUUGCGCUUAACCCGGAUUGGCCUCGUUUCUUCUCGUAUGCUCCCGAUAUUCAAAAGUACCUGCUCAAAGUUGUCGAAGUGUUCGAUCUACGAAAGUAUAUGACCUUCAACACUGAGGUUGUUCGUGCGGAAUGGCAAGAAGAGACCGGAAAGUGGAAAGUUACUUUGAAGCAAAAGUCGCCUUCCGGCGAAGAGAAGGAAUUCGUGGAAGAAUGCGACCUCUUGCUUUACGCGACUGGUAUUCUGAACAACUACAAGUGGCCUAAGAUUAAGGGCAUCAACAGCUUCAAGGGAAAGAUCGUCCAUACAGCUACAUGGCCGGAAGACUAUCAGAGGGAGCAGUGGGCCAACGACCGCGUCGCAAUCAUUGGGUCCGGCGCAUCUUCCAUCCAGACGGUACCGACGAUGCAGCCACACGCAAAGCACCUAGAUAUAUUUGUUCGCACUGGCGUCUGGUUUGUACAAAUUGCCAACAACUACGGUCAAAACAAAGAGUACUCGGAAGAAGAGCGAGACGAGUUCCGACGCGAUCCGAAGAAGCUAUUGGCACAUGCAAAAGACAUCGAGAACCAAGUCAAUGGUUUGUGGGGCGCGUUCUAUACCGGAAGUGAGGGUCAAAAGGCGGCGCAGGAUCUGUUCCGAGAGCGGAUGAAGGAGUUCAUUAAGGACGAGAGACUCCUGGCUGGAUUUACGCCGAAGUUUGAGGUCGGAUGCCGCCGUAUCACACCUGGUGACCCGUACAUGAACGCAAUCCAAAAGGAGAAUGUUGAUGUACACUUCACAGCCGUUGACGAGAUCGACGAGACAGGCGUCAUUGGCAAUGACGGCAAACACCGCGAAGUCGACACCAUCGUCUGCGCCACCGGUUUCGACGUAACAUAUAAACCACGUUUUCCCGUCAUUGGCAGGAACGGUGUCGACCUUUACGAAAAGUGGAAGAACGAGCCAGAAUCAUAUCUCGGUCUUGGAUGUCCUGACAUGCCGAACUGGAUCAUGUUUGUUGGACCAACAUGGCCCGUGGAGAACGGCUCCGUGACUGGACCACUUUUCGGAGUCGCUGAAUAUACCAUACAGAUCAUUAAGAAGAUGCAGCGCGACCAUAUUAAGUCAUGGGUGCCGCGGCAGGAUAUCACAGACCGUUUCAAUGAGCACGCGCAGGAAUGGAUCAAGCAUACUGUGUGGAAGUCUGAUUGUAGAUCGUGGUACAAGAAUAACGAGACAGGACGCGUGAACGCCGUCUGGCCCGGCUCUUCAAACCAUUACUCCGAGGUCAUCGCCACGCCACGCUACGAAGACUUCGAGAUUCAAUACUUGAACAAAAACCCCUGGGCGCAUCUUGGUAUGGGUUUCGCAAAGUGCAACGUCGCGUACCCAGAAGCCGAUGUGAGUCCGUAUCUCGCGUUGGAAAAUAUCGAUCCAAAGUGGUUGAAGGCUAUUGGGUACGAAGGGCCGGCGCUGGAGGUGGAGAAAGCCAGAGAUGAGAAGGAACAACCGAAGGUGACGAGGACGGGUGAGGAUGGUGGGAGUGGAGAGCAGCCAUUGGUGACUGUCACUUAG